GUAAAUGGAGCGCAGAGUGUUGUGUUGAAAACAUUUAAGAAAAUGGAGAAUAACAAUGGUGCAGUGGAAGUAGCAGUGGUGGUUUUCUUGUUGAGGGGGAAAAAGGUCCUCCUUGGGCGCCGCCGCUCCUCUGUUGGUCACUCCACUUUUUCUCUUCCAGGCGGCCAUCUUGAGUUUGGGGAAAGCUUUGAGGAAUGUGCUAGCAGAGAAUUAAAGGAGGAAACUGGAUUGGACAUCAAGCAAAUGGAGCUAUUAACGGUCAAAAACCAUCUUUUCCUUGAGGAUCCAGAGCCAGCCCAUUACGUCACCAUUUUCAUGCGUGCAGUCUUGGCAAAUCCAGAGCAAGUCCCCCAAAAUCUUGAGCCGCACAGGUGUGAUGGGUGGGACUGGUACGGGUGGGAUAACCUUCCUAAGCCGCUCUUUUGGCCAUUAGAGAAAAUGGUGCAAGCCGGCUUUAAUCCCUUCCCAACUGCCUAGGGAUAUUUUUGUUGGCAAUUUCAACUUUUGUGAUUCAGUCUUCUCCCUGUGUGUACGUUUGGGUCGAAAUAAAAAAUGAAAAUUAUUUCAUUGUUCA